AUGCCUGGCAUGUGGCUCACAGAUAUGCAGAAGAUUGGGGUGGCCUUUUGCUCGGGAGGGGGUUUAUUUCUGUUUGGAGGUGUCCUCAUGUUCUUUGAUCGGUCAAUGUUGGCCAUGGGCAAUAUCCUCUUCUUGAUUGGCCUGACCCUCAUCAUUGGAAUCCAAAAGACUUUCAUCUUCUUCGCAAGACGACAAAAGCUUAAAGGCACUGCCGCUUUCAUGGCUGGCAUUCUUUUAAUUCUUAUCCGAUGGCCCUUGACUGGCUUUCUGGUCGAACUCUACGGAAUCUUCGUUCUAUUUGGCGACUUCUUCGCUACGAUCGCCUCUUUCGCAGGGAAUAUCCCAAUUGUUGGCCCAUACAUCCAAAUGGUACUGGAGAAGAUCUCGAUUGGAAGACGAAAUGCAGAGCUCCCUGUGUAA